AUGAGGAAGGCGUUCAAAAGCUCGACCACGCAGGACCAGCAGGUAGUGUCCAAGAGCAGCGUGCCCGUCCCUGUCAAAGAGAUGUACAACCUGAGUGACAAACCUCCGCCCCUCAACAUCCUGUCUAUCUACAGGGACGACCAUAAGGAGGGGCUGAAGUUCUACACAGACCCGUCCUACUUCUUCGACCUCUGGAAGGAGACGAUGCUGCAGGAUACGGAGGACAAGAGGAAGGAGAAGAGGAAGCAGAAGGAGCAGAAGCGUUGUGUGGACGGCACCCUGCAGAGGGAGGUGAAGAAGGUGAGGAAGGCCAGGAACCGUCGUCAGGAGUGGAACAUGAUGGCGCUGGAUAAGGAGCUGAGGCCCGACAAUCGCCUCUGCCAAACCAUCCACCGAGGAGCUUCGUCCGAGCGCACGCUGUCCCCAAAUAGCAGGGGUCAUGGCCUCGAACAUAUGGAUCUCCACUACCCCAGUGCCAUGAACCAUGCAGGCCAUGCCCACACCUACUCUGGCCCUCCUCCCAGCGUCCUGGCUGCCCAGAUGGCUCUGGGACAUGCCACCCUGGGGGGUGAACACGACUACAGAGCUGCAGCCAUGGCCUACAGGGGCGGGACCCUGGGACGGCCACACCAGGCCCCGCCCCCUCCUCCUCCCACUGAGAUCAUGAACGGCUCCAUGUCUCUCCCCCCUGUGGACUACAGUAUGAUGGAGGGUUAUGGACACUCUGGAGCCCCUCCCCCUGGGCCCCCCAUCCCAUCUGCUCAAACUGCCUUUGCCACGCCCCCUGGGGGUCCACUUCCUCCUGCAGGCCCAAUGGGUGCAGCUGGAGGUUAUGCCCCGCCCCCCCCACCCCUCUCCGGCUCCCUGGCGGCCCCCCCUCCUCCAGUCAUUCCACCCCCACCUUCUGGCUCCUCCCACUCUGCCACGCCCAAGAUGUCCUCUGUGGCCGCUGACUCCACGCCAGUUAAUGAUGCUCGCAGUGACCUACUGGCAGCCAUACGCAUGGGGAUCCAGUUGAAGAAGGUUCAAGAGCAGCAGGAACAGCAGGCGAAGAGGGAGCCGGUUGGAAAUGAUGUGGCCACCAUCUUGUCUCGACGCAUUGCUGUGGAAUAUUCCGACUCUGAAGACGACUCUGAACUGGAAGAGAAUGACUGGUCCGACUAAGAAAUGCAGACAAGCUCAUGUCCACACAUCCACACACACCUGUACACACACACCUGUACACACACACUUGUACACGCACACAAUACCAAUCAGUCGAUCACUCAACAUUGUGAAUGCACACUUUAUCACUGCUGCAAAUUUCUACAUACACGCCUAAGAUACACACACAAUUACACGUGGGCUGGUUUGUCGUGAGCUUAGUCUUUGGCACCUGUGUGUAGCUCUGAUAGCUUAGCUGUGAGUUUGGACACUAAACCUCUUCAUCCCAAACUGCAUCAGAGACAUCAGAACUGGAACCACUAGGGGGGGGUGUUCAAGAAGGACAGCAAUCUAGAAUUCUGGAAUUGUUUAAUCAUUAAAAAAUGUUAACCGAUUAUCUUGAUAUGCCCUAUAUGAGAGUAGCUCAGUUGUAGAGACACACACACACACGCGCGCCAAUCCUAAAUGUUAAUACUGACCACUCUAAAACCUCAUGUUGGACUCUGCAUCAUUCACCCUUUAGUGUGCUCUUGAUACUCUGAGGGCUUCACAAGUGCACCCCAGCAGACACUUGGCUCCCUCUGGCUGGCUCUGAACGCCACCAGAGCAGCCCAGUGGCUCUCGGGAGCAGCAGCUCAUCUCAUGGGCAGCAGAGGGGCUGUCUGAAGGCCGAGGUAGAGGGCCUCUCUCUGGGCCUCUCUCUGGACCUCUCUCUGGGCCUCUCUCUAGGCCUCGCUCUGGACCUCUCUCUGGGCCUCUCUCUGGGCCUCUCUCUGGGCCUCUCUCUGGGCCUCUCUCUGGGCCCUCUGGUCUUGUCUUUUCUAACGUUUUUACUGAAACACUUGUUAAUAAGGUAAUACUGCAACAAGACUUUGUUUUUAAAUGUGUAGCUCCUAGCAACUGGAACUUACAGGCAGUAGUUCUGUUUGUCGCUCUAAACUGUGAACAGGAACGAGGGGCUGGUAUGUCCUGAGGGGGCUUGGUCGAGCGGAGGGUGAGUGAUUACAGGAUGUGACUGAGAACCGUCAGAUGAGUGUGUGAUCUGCUCAGAAGGUGCCUGGCAGAGAUGUAGCGAGAUGGAAGGAGGCUGCUGAUUGGAUGGGGGGUUACCAUGGCUAUUUCGAUGUGAGCUCAGUGACAUUUGACCCCUGUGAAGAAUUAAAAAAAAAACACGAGGCGUAGUAACCAUCACAGAUCUGUGUCUGCGCCUCCUUUUUUUUCCAUCAUUGUCAUAGGAACAACUCAGCCCUGAUGCUGAGACGCAGUUUCCACGGUAACGAUACAGCUGAGAAGAGGGUUGCCGGGGCAACUGAGAACCAGGGGGAAGGCCAUAAGCCAGUGUAUAAACAAAACAAUCAACCCAGAGAUGUUUUUUCUUCAAUGCACAGCACAUUCUUUUAAUACAAAAUUAACAAGAUCUCUCAAUUCAGGAAACUAACCAAAGCAAUAAAAAGUACCACUAACACGUUGGAAAAAUAUACACCACCUUCACACAAUGUUUUACAAUAUCUCAGUAAGUUUAGUGCAUGUUGAUUAUCGUUUAGUUUUCAUUUUGCAGAUACAUAAUUUCUUGUGCCAUUUUUCAUCAAAAAAUAAAGUGCAUUUCACAUUUAACACUAUGCAUACGCCUAAACAAGAUGCUGUUAUUCUACUGGUCCUCUCUCCCCACCCCAACCACACACACACACAUUCUGAGGCCUUUGACUUGCAGUCUGGUAUUUAGCUCUGGUUUUGGGGCACACAGCACACCAUCCCUGCGAUGUCCCCUUGAACACAAAAUCAAUUAUUAGUCCCAAAUGAUACCUCAUUCCUCUGUACAAUCAAUAUGAUAUUCAUAUGUGCGUUUACAGUGCACCGUUGUUCAACAUUGAGUAAU